GAUACAGAUUUAUAUUAGCUGUGUACCAAUUGCUGUGCGUGUGACUACAGAAUGCGUGUAUAGCUAAUUAAAAAGAAUAAAAAAGAUUUUAAAAGAUAAAGGGAGAAAGAGAGGAACUCCUCUAACAUACAGUUGUACUUUUCUUUUUCGAAGUUUACUUGUCUAAACAAAACCAAAAUGUGAUAAAGCGUCUAUAUUUCAAUGCGCUGGUGACACAUUUAAUUUUUUUUUCUUUUUCCCAACACCGUCACAACGACAAUUCGGCAACUGAAUAAGUUUAACCCCAAUGCACACGUCGACACAGCUAGCCUAUAUUAAAUUGCUAAUAGAAACACAACUGUGCACACGCACGCACAGACACACACAACAAUAAAAACAUACAUUUGUUCAAACACUGAAGCGUGAAGUUUAUUAUGUUGUAAUCAUUUACGCUAACGGUACUCGAAGUUUAUUGAGUUAUAAAAGUUGGUUUUGUUUUUGUUUUCUAAAUCACCCGAAGAGAAACGAAGAAAGUGUUUAGUUGUUUUGAAACGCACAAGGCCCGAAACUUUUGGGGAGGGAACCAGUCGAUUAGAUCGUCCCCAGUUUUUCACUGGUACUUAAUUUAUCAACUCCGAAAGGAUGAAAGGCAAAGUCGACCUCGGCGGGAUUUGAACUCACAAUCUUGUUUCUCGUGUCACAAAGUAGAAGAAAAAGGAACAUUAAAUAACAAAAAAUAAAAAUUGUAGACAUUGAAAUAUCAAAACUGAACGUCUGCAAGUCCAGUGUCGUCUGCUGAUUAUGUAAGAAAAGUUUUAUAACUUGAACUAAAACGAUAACUUUAUUAAAAAAAAAACUUUUCAAAGGAAAUUUCAUAAAAAAAAUUUUACAAACAAAAAGUUAAUAACAAUAUCAAACAUUGAAACUUUCAUAUAAUACAAUAACUUUUGCAAUUAUUAUAAAGACGAUAAAACGUCCCUGUUAGAAAUAAUGGAGAAUUGUCCAGACAAAUGGCGAAAUGUCCCUUGCAAAUCACAGAUGAUAACUGGAUUGGAUUUCAUCAAAAGACUUGUGAAAAUAUGGAAGAAGACGUAUCAAGUGAGUGGAGCAGAAGUGGCUCGCUCGAGAUGCGCAAUUUCCUUCGACCAGGUAAACAAUUCCGAUUAGUCAGUCGAGGUGGUCAUGUAAACAUCAAGCAAACCGGAAUUAGCAAACGCAACCAGAAAUUUCUGUCAGAUUUCUUCACAACACUCAUUGAUGUCAAGUGGCGAUGGAACCUUUUAAUAUUUGUGGUGUCAUUUAUUUCAUCCUGGUUACUUUUUGCUAGUUACUUCUAUGUUUUGGCUCAUUUACAUGGAGACUUUGAAGACGACAAUCCAGAAAAUUGGGUGCCAUGCAUAGAAAGUGUCCACUCUUUUACAACUGCUUACUUAUUCUCAAUUGAAACUAUGACAACAAUUGGAUAUGGCUCACGUUAUGUAUCAGAAGAAUGUCCAGGUGCAGUUCUUGGAGUACUUUUUGAAUCUAUUCUUGGAGCAGCUAUGCAAGCAGCAUUCUGUGGUUUGGUCAUAGCAAAAGUGAAACGUGGUAAAAAGCGUUCUUGCACAAUAUUGUUCAGUAAGGUAGCUUGUAUCAUGGAAGAAGAUUUGCAAUACAAGUUUGUAUUUCGUGUGGGUGAUAUGCGGAAAUCUCAUCUGAUCACUGCCAGUGCUCGAGGUUUAUUUAUUAAAAAAAGUUUUUCAAAAUCUGGCAAUAAUAUUCCAGUAGAAUAUUUCAAUGUGAAUUUCAAAGCUGAAGAUGGGCACAACAAUUUAUUUUUGGUCUGGCCGACCAACGUUUACCAUGAAAUUGAUGAAAAAUCACCGUUUUAUAAUAUUUCACGGGAUAGUUUACGUCAUGAGAAUUUUGAAAUAAUUGUGAUGUUACAGGCUGUAGUCUCAACAACUGGUCGAACUGUACAAGCAAAAACUUCUUACUUGCCUUGGGAUAUUAUUUGGGGACAUCGUCUAGAACCAUUAACAACAUCCAUUGAUAUUAAUGGUUCACACAUUGUAGAUUUUACUCACUUUGACACCACAUAUCCAGUUCCUACCCCUUGGUGUAGUGCUCAGACUUUCAAUUACAUCAUAAAAUCAGGUCGAUAUACACCAGAACUGCUGCUAAACAGAGACGAUAUGGGUGAACUGAUCAAAGAAACUGAAAGCACCUCAGCCAAAAAGACAUAUACAUUAUUUGGAUCUAUACCUGAUCUAACACAUCGAAAUUGGAUGUAGAGCAUGAAAGAAGAUUGUAGACUUAACAUUCAUGAUUAAUCUUCAUGAUCACUUGCAGACUUAAUCUUCAUGAUUGCAAGGGGUAAAAAUUUAGCUCAAGUUCCAGUGUUUCAAGUGACCAAAUUGACAAUCUGAAGAAAAAAGUGAACCUCUACCAGUUUUGACAAAAAGUCAAUGAGUUUAUUUUACACACUGCAGAGAUCAACAAUUUAUGCUCUGGUCCUUAAAAGUAAAAUAAAAGUAACAAUCAUAAUGUUCAUAUGCAGUUGUAUAAAUUCAAAGAACAAUCAACAAAAAAAAUGAACUGGUAGGUAAAAAGAAAAAAAAAACAACAAAAAAAGGCCAGUGCCAGGACAAAAAUAUUCCAUACAUUAAAAUAGGAAAUUUAGAGAUGGAGCAACAAAAGAAGGUGAUUAAAUAAGAGAGGGAAGAGGGAGAUUAUUGACUCUCUAACAAGGAACAAAUAGAAAUGAGAACUCUACUCAACUAGUAUACUAUUCAAUACUAGUUAUCAGAAAUGAAGGCUGUUAAUGAUAUGAGAGCUGUAUUGAUUAACAGUGUAUGUUAGUGACACCUAUAUAUUUGUAUUAAUUCAGAGUCACUGAGAGACAAGCUGCACUUUCCUUUUAUAUAAAACAAAACUAUAUUUUCUCAUUGUUUGAAAUUGUUGUGACAUCUGUUGUUUAUAUGUUAGCACAUGACACACACACACACACACACACAUAGAAUGGUUGCCAAAAGUUUAAAACCAUUGAGCAGAUUUUAAAAAUUUUGUUUUCCUUUAGUUCUGAAAUGAAACUGAUAACCAAUACAUAAGUAGGUAAAGGUGAAGUUAACUUCUCAAGUUAUACCGACUCAUAAGGGCCUGUUUCCUGGUUUCCAUGGCAUAUAUAUUUCCCACCUGGACAGGAUGCUGGUCUGUUGCAGCUGAGUGGACUGGAGCAACAUGAAAUGAAAUGUUUUGCUCAAGAACACAACACAUCACCCAGUCCAGGAAUCAAAACCACAAUCUUACAAUCGUGAGUCCAUCACCCUAACCACUAAGCCACUCACCUCCACAAAUACAUAUUGUAGCAUGAAGAAAUAAAUGCUUGAAAUGUUUGUUUAAUACCUUCAUUUGAAUUAUUUUAAAUAAAGUGAAUGAUCAUUCUCUCCCUCCCCUAGUAAGUAUGAGUCACCAUACAGUUUUCCUAUAAGAACUUAGUCUGCACACUCCCUGCUCUCUCUCACACUUUAAACCCUUUUUCUCUUGCAUAGAGUUGAUUCCUACCUCAGGGUUCAUUGUCUUGCAAGCUCCAUGACAACCUCAAUAGUGGAGGUGGCACAAAAAAAAAAAAGUACCUAGUAUCUGCUGUAAAGUGGUUGGCUUUAAGAGGGGAAUCCAGCUGUAGAAACCAUGCCAAGAUGAACAUUGGAUCACAAUGCAGUCCUUGGACCCAACAGAUCUUGUCAAACUAUCCAAUCCAUGCCAUCAUGGAACAUGGACAUUAAAUGAUGUCAUGAUACAUUAGGCUUACAAGUGAAUUUACAAAAUUGCAAAUUGCAAAUUUUAUUCAAAUCUGUGAUUUCAGGUGAGUCCAUGGUAUGUUUUAUAGUAUUUUGUUGGAGCAUUUUAGGUAGGAAAGCGGCCUUGUUUAUUACAAAGUAGCAAUGCAUUGUUUAGCUAUAUGUGGCAGAGUGUUUACUUCAAGAACAUUGUUAUAGAACUGGACUGAAUGGAGGUUAUUGUCACCCACAGAAGGCGUUUGCAUCUACCAUCACUGUCCAAGAAACAGUGGACCUAUGUAAAUAUCCUGAGAGAGAACUGUUUUACAGAGUCUGGAUAUGCUCAACAGACUUGGACUAUCAAUGGAAGUGUUUGCAGAUAACUCGAGCAGUUUGGAUUAAAUGAGGACAUUCCUUCCAAAAAGUUGUUCAUUUCUAUGAAAAACAAUAAAGUAUACUUUGAACAUACCAGGGAUCACUUAGAUUGAACCUCUGCCUUCUCUAAAUCCAACCAGUUUUUAUCUAAUAGCAUAAUUUACUUGAAGGCAUCAUACUAUCCAAGAACUGAAUCUCAGUUUAAGAUCUUGAGAGAAUAAACGCAUUGAAAAUAAGAUAUUUUAAUAUGUAAUAAAUAGGUUUUUUUUUAUUUUUUUAUUUGUAGCUCGCUUAAUUGAGAUUAAUACGGGUUAAAUGUAGCAAUUCAAUUCUUAAGCCAUACACUUAUACAUAUUUCAAAAAUCUGCUCACUUGUUCUAAGCAUGGCUUCCAGAAUACAUAAAUACAGUAAUCCCUUGACUAUCGCAGGUGUUACAUUCCAAACUCACCGUGAUAGGUGAAAAUCUGCAGAGUAGAAACUACUGUAUUGUAUAUUUUUUUCCUUUUUAUAAUUUGUAUAUAUUCUAUUAUAAAUGCAAAACAACACCACA